AGAAGCUGUUAAAGUACUAUUGUCCUAGUGAUUUGACUGACAAUGUUUUAUACAGCAAAUACUUCACCGAUAUCAAAUCUACAAAGCAUCAGACGACGGUGACUAAGACAAACAUUUUAGAGAAGAUAAAACAACUUAUGGCAAAAAGGAGAAAAAGUGGGAAAAGAAAGAAAGUUGAUGAAAAGGAUCUAGUUUGCCUGAUAGGUCUUUAUCUUUGCUGUGUAUUGUUUUUUGGCGACAAAAAUGCCAAUGGAGUGAACGCGAAAUAUCUUAGUAUCGUUGAAACUUAUGAUACGGUGCUCAAGGUGUCGUGGCCUGAUUUAAUACACGAGCACUUGUUUGAAGAGAUUCAUACUAAUCUUAGUUGUUUGUCAAAUGUGAAGGCUUGUGUGCAAUACCUACUGUUAUUGUUUGCUGAACACACGCCAGCAGGAUUAAUCCCGAAAGUUGAGAACCACGAGGAAGAUAUCCCGAGGGUUGGGAGAUGGGAUAUAUACCAGAUUUCUGAUUACAUUUGGAAAACAGACAUGACACAGUUUUCGCCAACUCCUAGCUUUGUGGCUGAGUUUUCACAGCUUGAGAAGCAGCUGGGUAUAUCAACCGUGGUACCCAGCAAGGACGACCUGCAAAGUUGGCUGAAAGCGCAAACUAUUGAGAAUAGCCAUCUGAAAGAGCAACUGCAAGAAAAGCAAGCAAUGCUUAAAGCAGUGUAUGCAAUUGCAAGAGAAGGGAUAUCAGAAGGGGACCUUUCAGGAACAGCGGAAUUCAAGGUUCACAAAUUUAGUUGCCAAAUUAUGCAAGCAAUGGGUAUUGAUCCUUACAAAGUGACCCAGGAAGAGUUUAUGCAACAUGAAGAUGAUGUACAUGGAGGUACUGAGCAUGGAGCUACUGAGCAUGAAGAAGAAGAGUUACAAUUAGUUGAGACAGAGCAACAAGGAGAUGGAAGUACUGAGCAAGAGAAAGAGAAAGAUGACGCGGAAACUUCCUUCCAUGAAGAAUUUCCAUGUAUGAGCCUUGCAGCUGGAAAUACGCCAACAAUUCUGCAAGCUCAAACUGCUGCAGAGGGGCACAAAAGACCACUCAGGACAUAUAGUUCGAGUAUGAAGAGUGUGACAACUUGCAAGACUCCACCAAAGAAAAGGCCUGUCGCAAAGCAAAAUCCCACUCCUACAAAUAAUGUUGAUGAGGAGCAGAAGAAAGAUGUUGAAGAGACACCUGUUACGGAUGAGGUGAUGAUGUAG